CAGCCGACAGACACACGGUCUUAAUGCGGAAGCAAAUGCUCACUUCAGCAAUGAGGACACGUGGACAUGUACCAGCGCAGUCACAGGGGGGCACGAGCACACAUCGCCACGAUUUCCUUCGACAACCCUCAGCUGAGCUCCCAUCCCUCCACCACUCCGGAGAGCCAGGAAUGCUGCCGGGACAUCAAGGUGCUGGGACGCAAGGAGCUCCGGCUUCUGCUGUCCUGGAGGGGGAAGCUACGCAGGUUCCUGGCCAAAAAACUGAAGGACGAGAGUGGCGAGAAGGCGGAGGAAGAGGAGGGUGAGGAGGAAGAGAUGGACAGGAGGCUGGCGGAGAUGAAGGCAGAGGAGGUGGCAGAACUGCGGCGUAUUUGUUUGUGUCUCUGAGGAACCGGGAGUCCUGCUACAAUCUCCUGCUGUCAGUUUGUCCUGGAGGAUGGCAGUACCAACAGCAGCCCGAUCUUCUCCUCUGUGGAGAACAGCUUCGAGCAGAGCAAGCACACGAACUCCAGCCAGUCCAGUGUGGAGGACAGCUUUGACCAGCUGGACAGAGGAGACACCAGCCUCCUCCUAAACGCACAACCCCC